AUGCUACGAUCUAUACGACCAUGUUGUUUCCAACAUACAAUACGACGAUUCUACAGUGCAAUUCACGCUAAGACGACACUCGAGUUGCCAGACAAGGUUCCAUUCCAGUUGACAAGGGAGCAAUGGGCGCUCGACGACAGCAGACAAAUGCAGUCCAUGUUCGACUUGAUCAAAACCCGAGAGACAAGCAGCAUUCUGCAAGUACCUGGAAGUACUUAUGGUGGCAAGUUUACAUUGGAUUGGACAGAGCAAAAGCCGAGGAACGUUUUGAUCAUCAAGAAGCUCAACGAUGUGAAAACUGAAAAGGCAUUAUUGGACGUGGCAAACUGGCUCCAUGAAGAACAUCCAGAGUUUAAUCUCAUUGUCGAACCUGGGGUUGCAGAGCACUUCAAAGAACAAUUACCAUUCGUUCAUGUUGUACCUCCAGAUCACAAAAAUGAGUAUACGCGUACGGUCGAUUUUGCUAUUACGCUUGGUGGCGAUGGGACGCUCUUGCAUUUGGCUUCAUUAUUUCCAAAGGCAGCACCUCCGGUUGUGAGCUUCUCGCUUGGCACUCUUGGAUUUCUCAUGUCAUUUCGACUCAAGCACUUUCGACGCGUGUUGAAUGAUAUGACUGCGGGGAAAAUGUCAUUGAUGCUUCGAAUGCGACUCUUUUGUUCUCUUCAUCAGCCUGAUGGUCGACGUAUAUCUGUGGAGGGAAAAGAAGUGGGAGAUCGGCAAGUAAUGAAUGAAGUAACUCUUCACCGUGGGCGAUUCCCUCACUUGACAUCUCUGGGUUGCUUUGUGGAUGGUGAAUACUUGACAGAAUGUGUGGCUGAUGGCCUCAUUGUAUCAACACCCACUGGAUCAACGGCAUAUUCAUUAUCAGCCGGAGGACCCAUUGUACAUCCAAGUGUGCAAAGCCUUGUUAUGACCCCGAUUUGCCCUCGUUCUCUUUCAUUUCGUACUGUGCUAUUACCACCAAGCGCCAACAUUCGUUUAGAGGUUGGUGAUGCAAGUCGGAGUCAAGUGGAAGUAUCAAUGGAUGGACAAGAAGUAUUUUUACUCGACAAGGGUGAAUAUCUCCAGGUGCGAAUGUCGAAAUAUCCUAUCCCAUGUGUUACGCGUGUCAGUGAGGGUACUGAUUGGGCCAAGGAUAUAAAUGAACUGCUCAAGUGGAAUCAAAACUUUGGACGCAACCUUGUAUAA